CACGCACUUUUCUCUACGGAACUGAUCGGUGAUUAAUAGGCCUACCGAUCUCCGGACUCCCAUAAAGGAAUCCAUUAUAAAGCUCACCCAGACUGCCAGUAUGAGUGCCAACGCAGAACCUCAUGACUUUAGUGACAUCCUCAAACAAGUGGCUCGAAGAAUAUCCGAGGUAGAAGACAUUGAUAAUCUUGGGAAAGCUUUGGGUUUCAUACCAGCUGAAAUCGCUCGCUACAAGCAGACCAACACACGCACUUAUGACAUUAACUACAGCGGGACAGAGAGUAUGCUUUGCCAGUGGCAUGAGGGUCAGGGUAAGGCUGAACAGCAAGAGGCGUUGAUUCAUGCACUUCGGACAGCCAACCUUCAUCCCAUUGUUGACGAACUAUUUCCUACAUCUAACCCUGGUGCAAAAUCAGAGAGCCAACCAGGGUGUGAAGCAAAUAAGAAUGAAAUGGUCACAGACGUCCACAUCAGGAAUCUAUCCGAGCUCCUACUCUCAAGUCAUUAUUACAGCCUUAGUGCUUCCUUGGACAUCAAGUACAGCAUCGCAGAAGGGAUCGAAAAGAAGGAAAUGAGGAGCUAUCCUGAAAUGUACAUCAAGCUGUUACACCGAUGGAAUGCGGGAUCAAAUAGGACUUUGAGUCAACUUGAUCAAGCACUGAAAGAGUCCGGUGCCCGUGGUCUUAUAUCUAAAUAUAAAUAGAAAAAUGUGAGAUGAGUGUUAUAUGAGCAGGUUCAGUUUCGAUCAAGAUCAGUGCUCCCAUCAUUCCUGUGUGUUGUCAUACCCUAGUCAAAAGUAAAUAGUCAUAAAAUAUUCGAAAGAUAGUGAAAAAACAUCACAGAAGAUACUUUUUUGACUAUCUUAUUUCUGAAAUAUAUUUCUCAUCUCUCAUUUGUUCCAAGAAGAGAUGAGUGUUAGGCCAAAACAAAAAAAUAAUUUGGUUGUCCUCGACCGCCCGCUCGUCAU